CAUUGGAACCCUGAGUAAUAUGGCCAGUAAUCCAGAUUUCUUAUUUUUCCAGGCAAAUUUGGAGCCCAAAGUGACUGAGACCAUGGGGGGAGGAAAUCAUUCGGUGGUGUCUGAGAUUGUGUUGGUGGGACUCACCAGUUCUUUGGAGAUGCAGCUUGUCCUCUUUCUAAUUUUCUCUGUGUUCUAUGUAACAAGUAUUUUAGGAAACCUCCUCAUUGUUCUCACAGUGACCUCUGACUCCCAUUUACACUCCCCUAUGUACUUCCUGCUAGCCAACCUCUCCUUUAUUGACAUGUGGGUUUCCUCCAUUACAGCUCCCAAGAUGAUCUCUGAUCUUUUCAAAGAGAGAAAAGUAAUAUCUUUCCAAGGAUGCAUUGCUCAGAUGUUCUUCGUUCAUGUUAUUGGAGGAACCGAGAUGGUUCUGCUCAUUGCCAUGGCAUUUGACCGUUAUGUCGCUAUAUGUAGGCCUCUCCACUACCUGAUCAUCAUGAACUUCAAAACUUGUAUUUCACUCCUGGUUGCUGCCUGGACCACUGGGGUCAUCCACUCACUCAUCCAAAUUCUAUUUGUUGUAAAUCUACCAUUCUGUGGCCCCAAUAAAAUGGACAGUUUUUACUGUGAUCUCCCUCGAUUUAUUAGGCUUGCCUGCACAGAUACUUACAGACUGGAGCUUGUAGUUACUGCCAAUAGUGGUUUCAUCUCCCUGGGAACAUUUUUCAUUCUGAUUACCUCCUAUAUCUUCAUCUUGGUCACUGUUUGGCAACGUUCUUCAGGUGACUUGUCCAAGGCCCUCCCUACGCUAUCAGCUCACAUCGCAGUGGUGGUCUUAUUUUUUGGCCCAUGUAUUUUUGUGUAUUCAUGGCCAUUUCCCACAGUACCAGUGGAUAAAUUCCUUGCUAUUUUUGAUGUAGUUAUUACUCCAUUUCUGAAUCCUGCCAUCUACAGUUUGAGGAACAAAGAGAUGAAAGUGGCAAUGAGGAGGAUAUUCAGUCAGAUGUUGAGUUUCAGGAAGCUGCUUUAAGUGAUUUUGAUAUCAAGAAAGAUGAACAACCUUACUAUUCCCUGCCAUGCCACAGACGUGAAUCAACAAAACAUAGUACCAUGGAUGCUUUACUUAAUAGUUAAUUACUAAUGUCCAGAAUUUUCUUAAUGUGAUUUCUGCCCAUAACCAAGAAAGAUGUGGUAUUCUUCUUUCUUGUGCAAUGUGACAGAAUGAAAGAAUUAAUGCAGGACUAUUUCCACAUUAUCUUGUGUCUCCUUGAUAAAAAUGAAUAUGGACUGGUCCCUUUUAUUUCUUUUCCCCUCUGGAUUCUGAGGAAGAUCCUCAAUUGUCAGAUUGAGUUUUAGG